AUGAUCCUUCCCCAGAGCAAUGCAGCCUUGCCACUCCUCGCUCCCUACAUCCUCCCCCUCUCAAUCAUCCUUCUCCUCGUCCUCCCUGUUGUAACCUUGAUCCGUAUCCGCUACCGCCGCGGGCUGCGCGACAUCCCAGGCCCAUUCUUUGCCAGCAUCCUCCCGUUUGAUCGCAUGCUCAGCACGUAUUCGGGCCACCAAUUCCAGCGGCAUCUUGAAUACCACGCCAAGUAUGGGAACUUGGUCCGUGUCGGGCCCAACCAUGUGAGUUUGGGGGAUUCGGAGCAAAUCUCGAAUGUUUAUAGCAUUACCAGCAAAUUCGACAAGAGCAAAUUCUAUACACUGUUUCAUGCCAAAUCGCCUGUUGGCCCUAUUCCCACGGUCUUCUCCAUUGUCGACCCCGUCGGCCAUAGAGACCUCAAAAGACCUGUGGGUGCCGCAUAUGCUCUGAGUUCUCUGCUCGAUUUUGAACCCCUGGCCGAUGACUGCACACGGAUCCUGGAAGGCAAACUCGACGGCCUGCAAGGCAAACCUAUCGACUUUGGUACGUGGCUGCAUUGGUACGCAUUCGAUGUCAUCAGCAGCAUCACCUUCUCCAACCGCCUGGGGUUCAUGGAGAGGGAGGAAGACGUGAACGGCAUCAUCGCAGCAAUUGAGGGUCGGUUGUUUUACAACUCGAUCAUCGGCCAGGUCCCGAGCUUACACAAGUGGCUUCUGGGAAACAACACCGUCUCGCGAUUGGCGGAUAUGGUGCCCGCCAUCAAGCGACUGAACUCGGCAGCGUACAUUGUCCAAUUUGCUGCGAGACAGUUGGAGUCGAGGCAGAACGCCAAGGCAGAACAUGGGAGGUCAGACAUGGUGGACAAAUUCAAAAUGACUCGAGACGGCGAGGAGGUCAUGAGCGCGAAAGAGUUGUUGGGCCAUGCGAGCUCGAACGUGUUCGCUGGUUCUGAUACAACGGCCAUCUCGCUCCGGGCGCUAUUCUAUCACCUCCUUAAGAACCCGCACACGUAUCAGAAAUGCGUGGACGAGAUUCUCGACUUCGACGCUCGCGGCGAGUUGUCCGAGUAUGUCACUUACUACGAGGCGCAGCGCAUGCCAUAUUUCCAAGCGUGUAUGAGAGAGGCGCUGCGCAUGCAUCCCGCCGUGGGACAAUUACUUGAGCGGGUCGUUCCGCAAGGCGGAGCCACAAUCGACGGUGUCUACCUACCGGCAGGGACGAUCGUGGGGAUGAAUCCCUGGGUGGCUGCAAGAGAUAAAGCAGUUUAUGGACAUGACGCGGCGGUAUUUCGACCGGAAAGGUGGAUCGACGCCGACGAGAAGACGCUGAAGCUGAUGGAUCGAAACUGGCUUGCUUUCGGAGCCGGCUCACGGACCUGCCUGGGUAAGAACAUCUCCCUGAUGGAGAUGUCGAAGCUGGUGCCGCAGCUACUGCGUCGGUACCACGUCCAGCUUGCGGAUCCCAAUGCCGAAUGGGAGUUGUUUGAUUACUGGUUCGUCAAGCAGGAGGGGCUGAGAUGUAUCCUGACGAGGAGAGACGGAGAGAAGCAAAGAUAG